AUACGGGUAUUGCUCAUUAGGUUCUGUGUUUUUUCAAACCGAGUAGGUCUAGAUGACUUCAGUCGAAGAUAUCUACAAGCAUUAUGAAGUAUUGGACCGUGCCAGGGACUCUAUAACGAAGCACGAAGAGUCGUACGUUUCUUUGCUGGCUGCGUGUAAAGCCGGAGAUGGGCAGAAGAGGCUAGCACCUUCUUUCAUUUCGAAGUUUUUCAAAUAUUUCCCUAAAUUGGCAGAUCAAGCCAUAGACACUUUACUAGAUCUUUGUGAGGAAGACGAUCCUAAUAUUCGAAAACUGUCAAUCAAGGUGCUGCCAAGACUUUGCCAAGAUAUGCCUGAUCAAGUUGCUAGGAUAGCAGAUGUGUUAACACAGCUACUGCAAACAGAGGAACAGAGUGAACUUCGGAUAGUAAAAGAAGCUCUUCUAUCUUUAUUCAAGCUUGAUGUCAAAGGAAGUUUAGCAGGAUUGUUUAGUCAAAUUCUUCAAGGUGUGGAGGCAUCUAGAGAACAAGCUGUGAAGUUUUUGCAGAAAUCUGUUGGUCCGCACAUUUCACAACUGUUGGAUAAAAAUGAAGAAGCUGAACGGUACUUUCUUCAAGAAACAAAGAAGGUGUUAGCUGAAGAUGUUACAGGUGAAGAGUUUCAGGCAUUCAUGUUUCUAUUGCCGAAGCUAAAGCUAAUGUCAAGUGCUUCUGCAAUUGAGGAAUUGGCUGAGAUGGUUGCUAGUCAAGCUGGUUUGACUGAAGACUUUCAGGCAGAUGACAGUGAAAGGGUUCACAAGCUUCUGUGCUGCAUGAAAUCAGCUAUACCUUUCUUUCAAGUAUCCUUGAAGCUCUCUGUGUGUUAUACUACAAUGUCCAAACAAAUGGUUCAAAGGGAAGUCCAAGCAAACUAAACAAAGCAAUAAUCCUUUGAUUAUGGAACUUGCUAGUCAUUCAAUUUGUUGAUAAGACCUGUCCAGGCUGCUACACUCACACACGUGUGCACACACGUACACACACACACACACACACACACACACACACACACACACACACACACACACACACACACACACACAACACACACACAAUGGCAAAAAUGGCAAAUGGAUAAGGAGCUGAUGUUAACGGUAAUGCCCUCAGCCAGAUGGCUGGGUUCCUGUGCACUAAGUAGGAGUUAUGGGUCGUGCUAAGCAAUCUCCUGGAGCCUAGCUGGGUGCUCGCAGGAGCAUCGACUGCGACACCAACUGUAGGUACCCGAAGUACCACCCUGACUGCAAUGGCUGAUGGACUUUGUCGCAGUCGGAGGCAUUUGCCACCUCAGUCAAAGACCAGGUACUCAUUUAUACUCCUGAGUCGAGAGAGGCAAUUGUGUGUUAAGUUUCUUGCCCAAUGAAAUUAUGCCAUAGCUUGCCAUCACUGUCACUUGAACUUGCAACCCUGCAAGGUCUUGGGUGUUUACAUUCUCCAAACGCACUCUCUAAGCAAUUGAGCCAUAGCACCACACACGCACACACACACACACACACACACACACACACACACACACACACACACACACACACACACACACACACACACACACACACACACACUUCUUUCUUUUUCGCUACUGAACACUGAGUUCACGACUUCCAUUCAUCAGUUGCUUACAAUUUGUCUUUGAUGAGCACGUUCAUGUGCAAAGAGUUUAAUUCUAGAACGACAUACUCGAUGACAGAUAUUGCAAACGUUCUUUGUACCAGUAGUCAUAGUUUUUUCACUGUACUACAGUAGUGAAAUGUCGUUUGGUUACAAGUUUAUAUUUGAUGGUUGACCUCACUAACCGAUGGUC